CUCCUCCAGAUUUUUUUCCAGUACCGCGCUUAUCUCCACCGCUCUCCCUCCCUGAUUUUUUCAGCGUCGCCGUUCUCUGGCAUUUCUUCUUCCCCGCGCGCGCUUCUUCUCCCGUGCGCGCUCCUCUCUCCUCCCUCCACCUCUCUCCAGCCGCGUGCCCUCCCUGCUUCUCUCCCUCCUCGGCCGGCGCUCAUCUUCCAUGGCGCUCAGUCUCUGCUCGGCUCUCACGAUGUCUCCAUCUCCUCCCAUCUCCCUCUGCCAUCUCCUGGUGCCGUGUCCGCUGCUUGCCCCCAUGGCGCGCCCUCCAGCUCAGAGCUCCUCUGCGCGCCGCAACUGAGCUCCUCUGUGCGCGCCGUCCAGCUCCAAUUUUCCUCCCAUGGCGCUCGGGCUUCUCCUGCUCCGACUGAAGCUUCCUCUGUGCGACGCUCCUGUUCCCUGGCUCGCCCCUCCAUGCGUCCUUGGCCUCUGCUCCUCCCUUGCCGCGUCUCUCUGGUGCUCUGCGCUGGCCACAGAUCGGAGCUUCGCGCGCGUCUUCCUCACUGCUCGCCCAGCUCCCCGCUAUGCCGCGCGGUUUCUCUGUCUCUCUCUGCUCGUCCGGUCGGUGCCCAUGGUCGGUCUGUGUUCGCACCCUGGCCGAGCUCCAUGCCAUGGCAUCUCUCUGCUCGCUCCUUCAACUUCGCCGAUUCACCAAGCUCUCACGGCGCCCAGCCUCUGUGCCGAGGCCUAUCAACUCUCUCACCCUCGGCCGGCGCUCUGCCCAAUCCCCACUUCGGUCACUUCUCCCUGCUGCGUGUGUCGAGCUCCUCUGUUGCACGCACGAAGCUCUCUGCUCGCCGAGGCCGGUUCCUUGCUCGCGCCGCGGUUCUCUCCCAACUCCCUGCCGCGUGCUCCUCGUCCGGAUCGGCCGCGACCUCGCCGUCGUUCCUCAGCUCGCUGCGCGCACUGCUCCACUGUGUCGAUCCGCAUAUCUCCUUGAGUUCGUGCGUGUGCGCAGCUUCCUCAAGUCGUCGUGUGCCCAGCUCGCCGGUCGAGCUUCUCCCUCGCGCUUGGAUCCGGCCGUUAACGCCUAGCCAUAUGUUCUUUUUCCCCCAGCUCGUGGAUGUCGUUGUUCCGUGUGCUUGGCCUUCAGAGUUCGUCGGCCAUCACGACAUCCCCGACAUCCCCGUCUAUCGCGCCAUGCUUUGGUUGUUGAUCUGCGCAGUUCCUAUUCGACAAUCGGUUCCGUCUCCGUCGAACUCAUAUUCGUCAUCCCGCCAAACUCCUUCAACACUGCCCCACCCCGUCGUCGUUGUUCCGUCGCCUCGCUUCGACGCCAGUCCCUACGUGCUGUCUCCGACUUGUGUUCGCGUCGACAAAAGAAUCCCAAGAAAAUAUAGAGAAGCAAGCUCCUGGUCGAUGCCCAAGUGCUCGGUGAAAGGCCAGAACCAGAAUCAUCGUCGUUUAUGCGGAGUUCUACUUAAUAUAGAGAGAUUCCAAGAGUUGUGGAUGGAAAAGAAAGUGAAGCUCCAUUCCAUACUCGUCAGUUGUUUGAUCGAAGACUUCAAUCGAAGACUGUCAUCGUUCCCGCAAACACUGAAUCAAGUUGAUAACGGUGAGCUAAAUCACUAUUUUUACUAUAGAUUUUAUGAUCGUGAAAUAAGACGCGUAGUUUGUGUAUGAAGUUUAAGUUAGAAAUACCAGUGAUGCGAGGUGUGCUUCGUUGUAUUUAGUUAUCAAGUAUAUUUGAACUAGUUCUAA